AUGGAUUUGAGAACAGCUUUCUCAUGUGCUCUGCUCCUGGUCACGCUGCUGCCUCCUUCAGCGAAUGCGUCGAGCAAGAUGUACAUCGUGUAUAUGGGGGAGAGGAAGCAUGAUGAUCCAUCGGUGGUCACCUCGUCGCACCAUGACAUGCUAACCUCUAUUUUGGGGAGCAAGAAUGAAGCCCUGGAGUCAAUAAUUUACAGCUACAAGCACGGAUUUUCUGGAUUCGCGGCAAUGCUCACUGAAUCUCAAGCCGAGACACUUGCAAAAUUCCCUGAAGUUGCCAGUGUGAAGCCAAACACCUAUCAUGAACCACACACAACUCGGAGUUGGGACUUCCUCGGCCUUGGUGACUCCCAACAACCACCAGAGCAACAUGGCCUUCUGCAAAAAGCAAACUACGGCGAAGAUGUUAUCAUUGGGGUGAUUGAUUCAGGCAUAUGGCCCGAAUCCCUAAGCUUUGAUGACACUGGAUAUGGCCCCGUGCCGGCACGGUGGAAAGGCGUGUGCCAGGUUGGCCAGGCGUGGAACACUACCAACUGCAACAGGAAGAUUAUCGGCGCCCGUUGGUACAGUGGUGGCAUUACCGAUGAGGUCCUCAAGGGUAACUACAUGUCGGCAAGGGAUCUCAGCGGCCAUGGCACCCAUGUCGCCUCAACGAUCGCCGGCAGGGAGGUGUGGAACGUGAGCUACAUAGGGAGCGGCCUUGGCGCUGGCGUAGCGCGCGGAGGAGCGCCACACUCAAGAUUGGGUGUAUACAAGGUGUGUUGGGAGGGCGCUGGUUGCCAAGAGGCGGCGAUUCUCGCUGCUAUUGAUGAUGCCAUAAACGACGGAGUGGAUGUCCUAUCCCUGUCAUUGGGAGGCGGUGCUGGUGAAGAGAUCUUUGGAUCAUUGCACGCGGUGUUGAGAGGAAUCCCCGUCGUCUUUUCCGGUGGAAAUGAUGGCCCCAUGCCUUCCACGGUUAACAAUGUCGUGCCAUGGGUAACGACGGUGGCCGCUAGCACCAUGGACCGGUCUUUCCCGACCUUAAUGACGCUAGGGAACAAAGAAAAGUUGGUGGGGCAAUCUCUACACUACAACGCAUCUGUGAUCAGCAGCGACUUUAAGGGCCUUGUUCAUGCCAGGAGCUGUGACAUGCAGGCACUGGCGUCGAGCAACGUCACUGGGAAAAUCGUGUUGUGCUACGCACCAGGGGAGGCUCAGGUAGCACUCAUCGACGCCAUUAGACUCACAGUGGAGGCCGGCGCGAACGGCGUCAUCUUCGCGCAGAACGCUGCCAACAACCUCGACAACCUGGGCGCGUGCAGGCACUUUAUGCCUUGCGUGCUGGUGGAUUUUGAAAUCGCGCAGAGAAUCACUUCCUAUUGGAAAAGAACAGGGAAUCCAGUGGUGAUGGUGUCCCCAACGGUGACCGUCAUCGGGAACGGGGUGUUGGCACCGAGGGUCGCCUCUUUCUCAUCAAGAGGCCCUAGCGCCGAGUUUCCCUACAUACUCAAGCCCGAUGUAGCUGCACCGGGAGUCGGCAUCUUGGCGGCUGUGCGCGACUCCUAUGUUCUAUUGUCCGGGACGUCCAUGGCAUGUCCUCAUGUCUCAGCGGUCACCGCACUGCUCAAGUCGGUCCACCACGACUGGUCACCUGCCAUGAUCAAGUCUGCUAUGGUCACCACAGCUUCAUUGACCGAUCGUUUCGGUAUGCCAAUCCAAGCCGAGGGGUUCCCAAGGAAACUAGCUGACCCCUUCGACUUUGGCGGUGGCCACAUAAACCCGGACAAGGCCGUUGACCCUGGCUUAGUCUACGACGUGGAUGCAAGAGAGUACAACAAGUUCUUCAACUGCACUCUAGGAUUAUUUCGCGAAUGCGAGCCGUACCAACUUAAUCUCAACCUUCCGUCGAUCAGCGUGCCGGACCUCAAGGACAAUGUCACAGUUAUGCGCACUGUCACAAAUGUUGGGCCGACGGAAGCGACUUAUCAGGCAGUUGUUGAGGCUCCAGCAGGGGUAAUCAUGUCAGUGGAACCAUCUGUGCUCAAUUUCACCCAAGUUGGGGGUACUAGUAGUGCGACAUUUAGGGUCACUCUCACGGUGAAGCAGAGGGUGCAAGGUGGGUAUACUUUUGGGAGCCUGACAUGGUCCGAUGGAAGUACCCACUCUGUGAGAAUUCCGGUUGCAGUACGGACCGUGAUACAAGACUAUUUUGCAGAUACAUCGUAA